CUAAAUCAUUUUAUUGAGUUUCUAUCAUGGCAGCUCAAAACUUCAUGUUCUCUGAAGGACAAUCAACCACUCGUCCUCCUCUCUUCAAUGGAACAAACUAUGCCUAUUGGAAGAAUAGGAUGAGGGUCUAUAUGCAAGGGUCCGAUUACCUAAUGUGGGAGGUAGUUUGGGAUGGCCCAUAUGUUCCAAUGAAGAGAAAGAGUGAACAGUCGAAAGAGAUGAUUCUGAAGAGACCUAAAGAGUUUGACAAAAAUGAUAAAGAAAAAAUUCAGUUAAAUGCCAAGGCUAUAACUGCUUUAUAUUGUGCUUUAGACCCAUUUGAGUUUGAUUGCAUUAGUGCAUGUGUGAGUGCCAAGGAAAUUUGGGACAAGCUGGAAGUUGCUCAUGAAGGCACUAAUGAAGUGCGAAAGAGCAAAAUGAAUAGGCUUGUCCAAAAAUAUGAACUAUUUAAAAUGAACCCAAAUGAAGAUAUUAAAUCUAUGUUUACUCGAUUUACCAAAAUCACUAAUGAGCUUGUUUAUUUUGAUAAUGUAUACUCAAAAGACGAAAAGGUGAGAAAGAUCCUAAGGUCACUCCCCAAGGGUUGGAGCAACAUUCGCAUGACCAUUGAAGAAGCUCACAACUUGAGUCAUAUGACUACUGAAGUGCUUCAAGGGAAACUUCUCACUCAUGAGAUGGCUAUGAAGGACUAUGAUAGUGAAGAGGACAAUAAAAAGAAAAAGACCAUUGCACUCAAAGCUACUCAACAUAGUGAAGAAAAUUUCAAGAAGCAAGGAGGACUAAAAAGGAACAACGGAAGUGAUAAAUACAAGGGGGAUUCAAACAAGAAGGACAAAAUCAUAUGCUAUCGCUGUAAGAAGCCUGGACAUGUGAAGUUUGAAUGUCCUUUUGGCAAUGAGAAAAGUCUCAAAGCAAAAGAAAAAAGGAGUAAGAAAGCCUUGGUGACAACUUGGAGUGAUGAUAGCUCAGACAAGGAAUCAAGUGACUCUGAAGUGGCAAACUUAUGUUUCAUGGCUAGAGAAGAAGACACUCAAGAGGUAAGCUUUCAAUCCAUUCCUAAUGAUGAGUUUAAUUCUUUAGAAGAGUUACAAGAUGCAUUUGAUGAACUCUAUGAGGAAUCUAGAAAAAUGAGUGCAAAAAAUGCUAGCCUUAAAAAGACCAUUGCUUCUCUUUUGAAUGAAAAAGAAGGUUUACAUAAAUCUAUUUAUUUUAUAAAUUUAUUAAAUUAAUUUUAAUAAAAUUAUUUUUAUAUUAUUUCAUUAAAAAUACUGUAAUAAAUAUAUACAAUUUAAAUUAUAGAAUAUAAAUUUAGAUGUAAA